GGUAUGAUUGCAUACAUCGAGCAGUAGGUGUCUGCAAACAAAUUGUGUCCAAGUUCUCCUGCUCCUGGAAGAAACUGAGGGACCUGGGGAUACUUCAGGAUGAAAUGGGCCUGCCAAAGCAUAUGCUCACAGCUGAGACACCUACCAGUGAUGCGCGAUGCCCAUCGUGGACAAGCUGAAGGAGGCCCUGAAACCGGGCCGAAAGGACUCUACCGAUGAGGGAGACCUGAACAAGCUGCUUUCCUCCUCAGCCAAGAAGGUGCUGCUGCAGAAAAUCGAGUUCGAACCAGCCACCAAAGGCUUCAGCUACCAGCUGGAGACACUCAAGACCAAGUAUGUGAUCCUGAACCCCAAGACUGAUGGCGUGGUGCAGAGAGCGGCCGAGCCCACGCCCAUCAAGAGGCAAGGCUCUGAAGGCCUCAGUGGUGGUCAGGGUGAUGGCAUCCCAGCACCUCAGAAACUGCUCUUUCCAGGGAACAAACUCUCCAUGAAGUGGGAGCGAGUGUACCGGGUGGGAGCGGGCCUCCACAACCUGGGCAACACGUGCUUCCUGAACUCUACCGUGCAGUGUCUCACGUACACACCGCCGCUCGCCAACUACCUGCUGUCCAAAGAGCACAGCCGCUCCUGUAAGUACAGGACCAAAAGAGGAGUAGCACAAAGUCACCAGACAGGAUUCUGUAUGAUCUGCAUCAUGCAAAAUCAUAUCAUCCAAGCCUUCGCCAACACCGGCAAUGCCAUCAAGCCGGUGUCAUUUAUCCGUGACUUGAAAAAAAUUGCCCGCCACUUCCGGUUUGGCAGCCAGGAGGAUGCCCAUGAGUUUUUGCGCUACACCAUUGAUGCAAUGCAGAAAGCCUGCCUUAAUGGUUACCCAAAGUUGGACAGGCAGACGCAGGCCACUACGCUGGUUCACCAGAUCUUUGGGGGUUACCUGAGGUCAAGAGUCAAGUGUUCUAUUUGUAAAAGUGUGUCGGACACAUACGACCCGUAUCUGGACAUAGCUGUUGAGAUUCGGCAAGCAGCAAAUAUUGUCCGUGCCCUGGAGCUGUUUGUCAAGCCGGAUGUUUUGAGUGGCGAGAACGCCUACAUGUGUGCCAAGUGUAAGAAGAAAGUGCCGGCGACUAAACGAUUCACAGUUCAUCGGACGUCAAAUGUGCUCACGCUGUCCCUUAAACGCUUUGCCAACUUUAGUGGAGGGAAGAUUACCAAGGAUGUUGGCUACCCGGAGUUCCUGAACAUUCGUCCGUACAUGUCCCAAAACUCAGGAGAUCCAGUGAUGUAUGGCCUUUAUGCAGUCCUGGUGCACUCUGGGUACAGCUGUCAUGCUGGUCACUAUUACUGUUAUGUAAAGGCCAGCAACGGGCAGUGGUACCAGAUGAAUGAUUCGAUGGUACAUUCCAGUAACAUCAAGGUCGUGCUCAAUCAGCAGGCUUACGUCCUCUUUUAUCUGAGGAUUCCUGAAAAGAAGAAUACGGACAGUUCAAGUGUAAAGCAGAACCUGGUGCAUUCUGGAAGGAGUAACAUGACCCCUGAGCAGCUGAAGAAAAUUCCACUUAAUGGGCCUUUGUCCUCACCGCAGAUCAGCAAGAAGGUGGACACUGCUCAGCUGAGGAAGAUUCAGUCUGUGGAUGGAGGGCUGGGCGUGCCAGUGGCCCGUAAUGGCUCAGCCAUUCAAUCGCCCAAACUGGUCAACGGUACACCAAGGGUGUCAGGUGGCCCAACACUCAUCGAGGAGCCCAUCAAGAAGCUGAAGAAGCCUCCUGCUCAGCCACAGAGUCGCACCAACAUUCCUGCCUCCUCCAACGGUGUCUCUAAGUCUGAGCAGGACAAGGGGAACAGUGGUGAGGGGCGGAGCCUGGCAGUGUCUACCUCACUCAAGUCCCUUGCGUCAGAGUCCUCGUCAGCGGACACCUCGUCUGAAUCCAAGGACUCGAUUGGCACCAGGAGUGCACCCGUGGGAGAUGUGGCUACUCCUGCCAAGAGCAUCGUAAACAGAACGUCCUCUCCGGCUAAAAGCACUGAGCGUCUUGCUGCUGAGGAUCAGAAGUUGGCCAAGCUGAAACCUCCCGCCCUCAACAACAUUACAUCCGAACAAACCAGCACCAUGUCGCCCCCUCCUGCCAAGAGACUGGCACUGUCUGCCAAGAAGGCCAGUCCCAGCCAGAGUCCGAACAACAGCAGCCACAGCACUGAGGCUCCAUCCUCCUCAUUGCAUCAAUCCCGUGACCCUACACAUUCAGCUCUACUUCACCCUUUGACCCCCACCUCACCUUCCCAAAACCACAGGAUUUCACUCCAUUCUACCAAGCAGCCUCAGUAUGUACCUCAUCUCUUUAAAAAUGCAAGCCUGGUUAAGGAACCCUUGUUCUCCUCUUCCUCCUCCUCCUCCUUGACGAAUCCCACACUUUCUUCACCAGUUAGCAGGCUUCACCCCUGCCCUGCUAGCAACUGCAGACCAAUCCAAAGCCAGAAAACAACCAAAUCAGUUACAGCAUUUGCAGAUGGACUCGCAAGUCCAACGUUAAAGAGGAAGAAGAAGAAAAAGAAGUGGCGCCAUUCUGAAAUGGAAAACCCCACUGCUGAGCUUCCUGCCAAAACGGAGCAGGACAUGCCUGAGCUCAUAGCCGAAAUGAGAGAUGUAAAGUGCAAGAAAAGGAAAAGAGAGGAGGAGCCAAACAGCAUAAAGGUUCAGAGAGAAGACGUGCCAUCAGGUCAGGAUGAAGACUGGUGCCUUGGAGAGAUGUGGAGAAUAAACCCAGAUGCAAGUUCAGAAAAGCCAAAACAGCAAUCACAGCUGACCACAGAGCAAAAACUGUCUCUGACCCAAAAACAAAUUCAGCUAAUGUUGUGUGAGACUCCACAGAACCAUCAUGACUCCACGAUUAAAACGAAAAAGAAGAAGCACAAAGAGAAGUUGAAGGAGAACAUCAAGCAUGAGACUUCCGAAAGAAAGACUGAGAUGAUGCAUAUAGACACCGAGUCGCUAGAUUUGAGUGUCUCAAAGAAAAAAGCUAAGAAGAGGAAAAGAGAAGCACACCAGAGAGAGGCUCAUGGGGACAAUGCUGCAGAUGAGCCACUUGGUCAGACCGACCAUGUGGUGCUGGAGAAGACCUGGAAACCCAGCAUAGCUGCAGUGGUGGUGUGGGACAGCCAGGUUCAGGAUGGUUAUAAGUGCAGUAGAGACGCUGCUGAUUCAGAGCAGGCAUCUGGGAGAGAGUCUUGUCUUGCUGCCGCAGCCUGGGAUGGCAAGAAGCAUUCUAGUGUAGUUAAAGAACUGCUUAAAAACGCCACUGAUAAAGCAUACGGAACUGAAGUCCUCCGUUGGGAUGGGGAGCGAUCUGCCAUCAGUAGAGAUGCCAUGCAGGACACAUGUGAUGCCAAACGUGACACUGUAAUCGAUGAAUGGGAUGAAGAGUUUGACAGUGGAAAGGUAAAGAAGAUAAAGAAGUUUAAAAAAGAAAGAAGUUGUUUUAACGUGUUCCAGAAGAUCCAGGACCGGCGCAACACAUGGUCUGUCACACCAGGAGGAAGGAGGAACAUGUGGGGCCAUCGCUACUGAUAUGAUGGAUUCGAGAUGGGGAUUCUGUUCUCACACUCUGCCUCGACCGCCUUAUUGGAGAAGAAGCUGCGUGACCUCUCUGAGAAUGUUGCGGAAAUACGAGAGGGACGAUUCAUGUGGGAAGUAAAUAAAACAAUGAGCACAAAGCCAUCUGCAGGGGCUGAAGUCCAGUAUGUGGAGUCUGAAUAAAUUGGGCCUGGGUUUGAGAAGACCAGUGUAUCAUGGCAUCAGGUUGAAAUCAUCAUAAUCAACAAUUUUAGUCACAUAUAAAUUGAGUAAAUGGUGAAAAACUGUAUCUUGUUGUAUCAAGAAAGGAGGCUUGAGAAUAUUCCCUGAAAACAGAUAGCAGCACCAUUGCUAAUCACUUUUAUUGGCUGAUUGAAACAUUGGGCCUACACUACUGCCUAGAUUAUUGACAUGAAAAUGUUUUCAGAAUGAAUUGAUGUACUUUUUUUGUGUCGCCGCCCCCCUUUUUUUUCUUAAAUAUGUUUUACUUCACGUUAUCACAUUUGAUGUAUAUUCUAGUUCCAAUGGCCAGAUGAGUAAUUUACUACUUAUUAGCUAAGGCCAGCAGUUUUGCUUAUUUUUAAUUUGUUUUAUAAUUAUUGUUUUGAUGUAAGCAUCCCUGAUUCGUCCAUAUUGUCUGCUUAUCACAUCAAAUAUUUUUGAAAAUGUGAUUCCCUGUUCUUGUUUUAACUUAAUCCCUCGUCUGUCUGUUACUUUAUAUCCAAAAAUAACAAACUUUGUGCCCUUAAUGUUUUAUCCUUGGAUGGGAUGAAUAACAUGUCUAGGUGUCAGGCUGCCUCAAUAUAUCUCUCUCUCUCUCCAUCCAUUUCAGCACUGGAGAGGCUGCAUGGGCAGUGCUCCAUCCCUUAGAAAUCCACAGGGAAGGUUCUAGUGUGUUACCAUUUACACACAAAUUCCACCUUUUCUACUCUCUAUGCAAGUCAGACAGGUCUUAAAAAUGUUCUCUCUUUUCAUCUCCUACAGUGCAAACACAUCCUCUUCAUCCCUCGUUUUCCCUGAUCAUCCAUAAUCCAGAGUUUAAACUUAUUCUCUGGAAGUGUACUAUAAUACUUUAGAACAAAAGAUUUAUUUUAAUCCAGAGACCUAGCCACCAACUACUAAUGAGUAAGAUGUGAAGCUUUCUGGAAUAGAGUAUUGUACAGUCCCACUUGUGCUCUGUGUGACUCCCUUAAACAUCCUUGUAGUCAACACUUAAUUCCCCCAGAUACUUCCAUUUUAGAAAAAGUUGCCUUGAAUUAAUUUAAAAAAUGAAUGGAUGAUCCCAAGAGAUCUACUUUAUCAUUUAAAAGUAAGACGCAUAUUUAAAUGCGCAUGUAUUUCACAAAUAAAGAAUAUAUUAAAAGGUUUUUGGAUUGUAACUGUAGAAUUUACUCUGUUGACAGACGUGCAAGUGCUGUGCAGAACUCCGCGUCUGUAGGAACAUAAGAACUGUGAGCGCUGUUAGCAUUAGAAAUGUUACUCUGAUCUUUUCAGUAGAGCCAAUGCUGAAUAAUACAGUGAUCUUUAAUUUAUGAUCAUUUACACCACUGGAUCUGUCCUGUUGCAAUGCCCUUUCAAGACUAAGAAGAAACGUUCAAUAGUGAGACUAUACAGGUGCAAUAAAGUUGUUGGGUUUUUUUUUUGGGGGGGGGGAAACUCCUUUGGCCUUGAUUUUCAGGUUACUCACACAAAUGUAUUCAUCCAGAAUAUGACUUGUGAACAAAUAGAAAAAUGUUUUUCAUCGAGCUGUUCCAGUUAUUUUAACUGAUGUAUUAAGGUUCAGUGUUUGGGUUUAUAUAAGAUAGCUCCAGUAAAUUAAAGACAUUUGAUUAAUAGUUGGAUUUAUGAUGUAACUGUCCAAAUCAGGUUUAUGCAAAAAUAAAUUACAUGCUACCAGUUAAAUUGAAAAUAGGUACAUGUCUACACUUGGUUGUAGAAAUGCAUAAAUAUGAGUUGUAAUAAACAUAACGGGAAUCUUA